AUGAUCGAGUUUGCUUCACCGUCCAUCACUAACCGGAACCCGGCGUUCGUUGUCUUUGGCUUUUUCAUUGUGUUCGCCACAUCGUUUAGAGUCGGCGGAUUGGAUCCGGUGUCGUUCCCGUCGAAAGACUUAAUCACGUCCUUAAUAACCCCCUUGGAUUCGUGGACAUUGGUAUCAUUCCAGCCGCUCGCCCUAUCUUUCAUAGAGAAUCUGAUCAACGAGGUCAUACUCCCACAUAUCCAGGGCCGCUGCAUGGAUCCGUUCCUUAGCACCAGCACGCAGUUCCACACCGUCAUGACAAGGUGCCGAUGCAUUACCACCGAAGGUUGCUUCCGCCUGGACGUAGACAGAUGGAGUAUGGAUGAUGCCGACCGUCUUCUUGAACUUUCCAUUGAGCACGUCUAUUCCGCACUCCAACGCAAAGGGCAGACCCAGGUCGCCUGUCAUCUUAAGGUUACCAGAUGCCUGGAAGACAGGUUGAACUCGAACCUCGAGGCCUUUGAGCUUGCUAUCCUCCUUCCCCUUAACGCUAGCACGCGCGGUUCCAGCUGCAACUUCAAGUUGGCCCCCGAGAAGUAA